AUGUCGCCGAUUAACUCCACGAAAGAAGCGCCAAUGACUCCUGCUUUGGAGGUCGCGCAACACCCUCCAGAUGUGUCAUACCGGGGUCUGAGUCCUGAUCAGUAUCAGUACACGCCGAUGGCGUAUGCGUCUGGGCCGGAGAAAGGGUCCCAGGCUGGCCUGGCGGAGGGGACGACAUGUGGGUUGCGAAAAGUGACGUUUUGGCUUUCGCUAGCGAUUGCCGGUUUGGUUGUGAUUGUGGUGGCCAUUGCAGUUGGAUUAGGGGUUGGCUUGGGCUUGGGGAAAGAUGGAUCCCCGUCGUCACCUGCCACAAAUGCUACCUUCUCAUCGACACUAUCCACGGCAUCGGCAACCUCGACCUCGACCUCCCUCAGCGGCACCAAACCCAUUUCCUGCCCCGACGACAACAACACCCUCAAACAUAUGAGUGAUGGAUCGGGAAUACAAUAUAGAAUUCAAUGCGAUACCUACUUUGACAAGAGAAGAGAUUUGGCUUCUAUAAUGAUGCCGUCGUUCGCCGACUGCCUGUAUCUUUGCGAUUCGAUGAACCGAGUUCAGCGUCGAGAUGAUGUCAGUGCUGUGUUUUUUAAUGAUACGGUUUAUGGCUACACGAAAGGGACGUGUUGGUGUUUUGGGAAUGCGACAAAGACGUAUAAAAUCAAGGGGAUAGCAGUUGCGAUUCCGCAGUGA